AGAAGGGGGAAAAAAGCGCAUCCCCCUCUCUGCUGGGCGGGGGGGGGGCUCUGCGCUUAUAUUGCUCUGUGUGAAGGUUGGCCAAGCUGACGCUCUCGCGCCCCCAGCUGCUGUUGAACCCUUUUUUCUUGUUUUGUUUGGGGCGGUUUACAGUUAAAAAAAACAACACAGGUUGAAACAAUGGUCGCAGCAGGGGGAUGAUGGGAGUUGUAGUCUAACCACAGCUGGAGGCGAGGGCCGCUGUUUCGAGAGGUGGUGUCCCUAGGCGCCUUCCGCCCCCCCCCCCCGCCUCCAAUGGCUGGCCACUCCUUCUCCUCCCCUCCCCCGAAGAGAGCCGGGCGCGGCGCCCUCAUCCAAAAUGGCGUCGGGCGCCUCGACUUCCCCGCGUCACGUGGGAGGCGCCGCCGCCGCCUCCGCCUCCUCUGCUGAAGGGGACCCUCCGCGAGGCCUGGUGGCGGCUGCUGCUUCUCUCUCCGUCGGGGAUUGUGACGCCGCCCUUCUUCGCCUCCGCUGGGGACGCCGGCGCGGAGACUCUUGCGCCCGUCCGUGCUCUGCCGGGGCCGUGGUGGGUGGGGCUGCAGCCGCAGGAGGAGGAAGCCAGCCCGCCAGCCCGCCCGGGGUGGACCGACCAGCCAGCCCGCCCGCCAGCCAGCACGAUGAUGGGGCGGGGGCGCCUGCCGCCGCUGCCGGGUCUGCUGGCGCUGCAGCUGGCGCUGCUGCUGGGGGGCCCGGCUGCCCUCGGGGGCGCCUUUUACCUCCCCGGCCUGGCGCCCGUCAGCUUCUGCGAGGCGCAAUCGAAGGGCGCGGACUGCAAGUCACAAAUCGAGCUCUUUGUAAACAGAUUGGACUCUGUAGAAUCAGUUCUCCCAUAUGAAUAUGAUGCCUUUGACUUUUGUCAAGAUGAAACUGAAAAAAGGCCUUCAGAAAACCUUGGGCAAGUCUUGUUUGGAGAGAGAAUAGCCUCCUCACCCUACAAGUUUGCAUUUAAGGAGAACAAAGAAUGUGUGGCAGUCUGUAAGAAAUCUUAUGAUGGGAAAGACGUCAAUAAGCUUGACUUCCUGAGGAGAGGAAUGCACUUGAAUUAUCAGCACCACUGGAUUAUUGACAAUAUGCCCGUGACUUGGUGUUACGUCAUGGAAGACGGGCAAAAAUUAUGUAAUCCGGGAUUUCCGAUUGGAUGCUUUGUUGAUUCAAAUGGCCAGCCGAAGGAUACCUGCAACUUCAAUUCUGGAUUCAACAAGAAGAAUACUUACUAUCUCUUCAACCAUGUUGACAUCACCAUCACGUACCAUAGCGGGAAGGAUGAACAUUGGCCUGGGGCCCGACUGGUGGCAGCGAGGCUGCAGCCUGGAAGUUACAAACACACAGAUGAAACCCAUUUAUCCUGUGGAAGUGCCCAGCCAAUGGAAAUCCCGGCACAGUUAAACGGCAAGCUGGAUGUGAUCUACAGUUAUUCUGUGAUCUUUGAAGAGGACAAUCAGAUUAAGUGGGCGUCGAGAUGGGACUACAUCUUGCAGUCCAUGCCGCAUACCAACAUCCAGUGGUUCAGUAUAAUGAACUCCCUGGUGAUUGUUCUCUUCUUGUCUGGAAUGGUGGCCAUGAUCCUCCUCAGGACCCUGCAUAAAGAUAUUGCGAGAUACAAUCAAAUUGAUUCCUCGGAAGAUGCCCAGGAGGAAUUCGGCUGGAAGCUCGUCCACGGAGAUGUGUUCAGGCCUCCCAGGAAAGGCAUGCUGCUCUCUGUCUUCUUGGGCCAGGGGACGCAGAUUUUCAUAAUGACAUUCAUUACCUUGUUCCUGGCUUGUCUCGGGUUCCUUUCGCCGGCCAACAGAGGCGCCUUAAUGACCUGUGCGGUUGUGCUCUGGGUGUUGCUGGGGACUCCUGCAGGCUACGUCUCUGCUCGAAUGUACAAAACAUUUAGAGGUGAAAAGUGGAAGACAAAUGUGCUGCUGACAGCUCUGCUAUGCCCUGGGAUUGUCUUUGCUGACUUCUUCAUUAUGAACCUUAUCCUCUGGGUGAAAGGAUCAUCUGCUGCAAUCCCCUUUGGCACUCUGGUUGCUAUCCUGGCCAUGUGGUUUGGAAUAUCUGUCCCACUAACCUUUAUUGGAGCAUACUUCGGAUUCAAGGAGAAGUCCAUCGAGCACCCAGUACGUACCAACCAGAUCCCACGGCAAAUCCCGGAGCAGUCUUUCUUCACAAAACCCCUGCCUGGCAUCAUCAUGGGGGGCAUCUUGCCCUUUGGGUGUAUUUUCAUCCAGCUGUUUUUCAUUCUGAACAGCAUUUGGUCCCACCAAAUGUAUUACAUGUUUGGCUUCUUGUUCCUGGUCUUCAUCAUUCUCCUGAUCACGUGCUCAGAGGCGACCGUCUUGCUGUGCUAUUUUCAUCUCUGUGCCGAGGAUUAUCACUGGUGGUGGAGGUCGUUCUUAACCAGCAGCUUCACCGCCGUCUAUCUCUUCAUCUACGCAAUCCAUUAUUUCUUCUCCAAGCUCCAGAUCACGGGAACAGCCAGCACCAUUUUGUAUUUUGGGUACACCAUGAUUAUGGUCCUGAUCUUCUUCCUUUUCACUGGUACAAUCGGAUUCUUCGCCUGCUUCUGGUUCGUUAGCAAAAUCUACAGCGUUGUGAAAGUGGACUGAGGUUUCUACAUUGUUCUUGAACAUAUCCCUUGAGCUGCUGGAUAUCUAUAUAUUUUUAAAAACCAUAUAUCGAGGAUAAAGAUUUGCAUUUUUAAAAUAGCAGACAUGCAGAGUUGCAGUCUUGGCACCAAAAGGCAGGCUUUAAACUGAAUGGGACCUAAAUAAACAUUGGACGGUUCUGGAGAACUUGACUUGAAUGGCUUUUUACAAACACCGCAUCCAAAGUUUUUUGCGUGGUUUUCUUUCCCCAAAAAAGAUUUAAAGCCGAAAGAGCGAUAACCAGUUUAGCAACAAAAUGUGCAUUGUACAUUUUUUCUCCAGCUGAGGUUUCUUGUGUUUUUGCAAUUUCUCUUUUUACACAGUUUGACUUGAUUCUUCUGUCACUGUAGAGGACCUAUAAAAUCUUACUUUAAAAUGUGUCCUUUUUAAAAACUUAAGUACAACUGUAUAUACUGUUCUGUAUCUCCUCUGCAGGUAGUUUCUCACCUUCUACAAAUGUACAAACGUUUAUGGUUCAGUGCAGGAUUUCUGGGAGGAAAAGGACACCCAAUUUCUUUGUGUUAAAUAAACUUGCACAGUUCCAGCA